UUGUGUAUCCUACAAGUUCCGGGGCUGGAGCUGGAGUCACCAAAGACCGGCAGUCCAUGGAGAAAGACUACAAUCCCCAGAAUUCAACAGUCCCCUCCAAGAGGAAGACUGGUCUGAGGAUGCGUAGUAAGGGUGACUGGCCUGGAAGCGCAAAGGCGGCAACGCGCGGAGCUGUGGCGUGCGCGGGUACUGUUCUCUGUGGGCGGAUUUGCGUGGGUUCGGGCGCGUGCUGACGUCUCUUGCGUCCGGAGGCGAGUCCCUAGAGGAAAAUUGAUGUUGCUCAGGUGAGAAUGUUCUGCUAACCUCAAAAGUUUCAUUUCCAAGGGGACAACAUGCCAACUGCCAAGCAGCUAGCUGACAUUGGCUACAAGACCUUCUCUGCCUCCAUGAUGCUUCUCACUGUGUACGGGGGCUACCUCUGCAGUGCCCGAGCCUACCGCUAUUUCCAGCUGCGCAGCGCCCGGCGCCAGGCUGCGGAAGAACAGAAGACCUCAGGAGCCCUGUAGAACCGGGGGUUUUCCUCCUUGAGCAGAGAGGCCUAAGGCAAGCUGUGGAAUGAUCUCAUCUGCAGUCCUUUCCAAGUCAAGAGAACUAGGGCCUUACUGGUUUUCAAAUCCUGCUAAGAAAAAGUGCCCCUGUUUUCUCUGGCACUGCUGGUUCAGGGAGGCGGUGGAAUCAUGACAGGAAUGGGAGGAUCAAGCACACCUACAGACAUUAAAUAUCUUGUUAGUCUGUG